AGUGUUUGAAUAAGUAAAACCCCUAGAAAUAAGCGUACUUACAGACAGAACACACAGUGUCCACCACAUAGUCCACGCGCGUGUCUAAUUUUCUUCUUUGUUUCUCUGCCUCUAAUUUAGGCUUGUCUUGGCGGUGAUUUUGUGCUGGAGAUCUGUUGUUCGAGUUUGCUUGAUUGAGAGACUUGGAAAGUGACUGGAAAUGACCAGUCAGAUGAACACUAAAGUUCGAUUGGUAAGAUGUCCAAGAUGCCGGCAGGUUCUUCCUGAGUUGGCAGAUGUUCCUGUGUAUAAAUGCGGAGGAUGUGGUGCAAUUCUACAAGCUAAAAAUAGGAAAAGAGAUACUCAAGACACAGGAUCACUUGUACCUGAUGCAGAUCCUUCCCAGACACAUGGCCUGGACCAUGUGAUAACACCUUCUAUGAAUGAAUCUGAUUCAGACAAAUCUCUCGAAAGGCAUGGGAGUGGUCUUGAUCGCAGAAAGGAGGGGCUUGGAGGUUUAAAUCAGUCUCAUGAACGUCAUGAUUCGGAUGUCAGUUCUUGUCAUGACAAUACAGGGUCAUCACCAGAAACCAGCGGACAUGCAGAAGUGGAGGAGAAUAAAUUUCCAUUGGUCCAAUAUGACGCAGAGAAUCAAAACAAACUGGGGGAUGAUGAUAGCCGGCAUCCUCAAGACACUUGUGCACCUAAUGAAAUCUUGUCAUCACCUGAAGUUGAUCUUCACGAGGACAAAUCUUUGUCACCAAGAAAAGAGGAUGAAAAUCGAUACUCAUCAGGAAAUAUCAGUGAUGGAGGUCAAAAUGAUUCUCAAAUUAGCAAGAAGGAAUUGCCUAUAAGCACAACUUUUUCAAGGGAUAUUUCUUCUUAUGAUGAAUCUUCUGAAAAUGGAAAUUUUUCACCAGCAUCAGCAAAUGAUAGAUAUAUAGACGAGGAUUCAGAGAAUCAUUCAAGGUCCAGAAGUCCAGCUGCAGUAGCUUAUCCUGACACUAGUCCAGAGGGCCGAGCCCACAAGGCACAGAGUUCCUCCACUGAAAGUGAUUCUCCAGAUAAUCAGAUGUUUCCUUUCUCAGAUUCAAUGAAACAAGCUCAGGAGGAAACUCUCCCAGACUUCCAGCGUGUUAGCUCAGCUGACACCUUGGAAAAUAUGCCCCAAGUUUAUGCCAGAAACGACCUUGGUGUUACUCUUAGAUCGCCAACUGCGAAAAAUUACUAUGCCUAUGACGUUAACACAUCUUCUUGUGAGGAAACUGAAAAUCAAGUUCCCAGCCAGCAUUUUCGCUCAGCAAGAAGGAACUUUAAGGACACUGAAUCAAAUAGUACCAGAGGAAUGCCUAAAAAUGAAGAAUUAAUGGUUAAUCAUAGAAUGAGUAAUGAGACCGUACUCCCUCCUCGUCCAAUCAAUUUCUCAGAAAAUGUAUCAGUGAAAAAGCAUCAAAGCAAAGGAAGCAAUUGGAAUCGAGGUGAGUUACAUGAACCUACAAGGCAUAGUCAUCCAAUUAACAAUACGAUUAUGGAGAGAGGUGAAUACCUGUCUAGACCUCCAAUUUAUUCGAAGGUCUCUCAACCAGUCAGAGAUGGCAGCUCUUCGAGUUAUGAUCAAAGAAGUUUACCUGAGAGAACAGUAGACCCUGAAUCUGAUAAGAUGGAACUGUUAAAAAUGGUCUAUGAACUGCAGGAUCAACUUAAUAGAGCUCAUCUAUCUAAAGGUAGAGUGCAUGAUAAAUUCAGUGGUAGAGUUGCUAAGGAAGAAGAACUAUUACAUGCACACAGUAAUCUCUUUGUUCCUAAUAAAGAAAGAUAUCCUGAGCCAAAUUAUCCCAGGUAUCCUGAACGACGUGAUAAUGAUAGAUAUUGGUCGCAGCAAGCACCACACAUGGGAUUUUCAGGGGAUGCCAAUCACUACAGAAACGAAGUUGACUGUUCCUGUUCGCGUUGUUACCGUCAAGAGCAUCAUUACUCGGCACAGAUGCCUCGAUAUGCCUACUAUGAUGAAAGGCACAAUAUGGCCUAUCAUAGACACAAUAGUCACAGUCCCCACCAUUCUGCUUCUGGAAGUCCUCAUCAUUAUAUACCUUCUGAGUUUAUGUGGAGUCGUGAGUCAGAUGGUAAACCUGAAAAAAGUUACGAGGUUAAUAAGCAGCAGCAGCCAGCAAAGCAACACUUCCGACCAAUAGCAGGUGGGGCUCCUAUUAUUGUAUGUUAUUGUUGCAAUGAAAUCCUUCAGUUGCCAGCAGAUUUUCUCCUAUUUAAAAGAAGAUGCCAUCGGUUGAGAUGCAGUGCAUGUACUGCAGUCUUAAAAUUUUCGUUAGAACACCGGAUCCAUUUAGUUGAAUAUAGCGCUGAACCGAGGACACCUCCAACCAGUGAGGUUGGAGGGUACACUGAGACGAUGAAUUUGGCAUCAGCAUCUCGUGCAAGUGAUUAUCAACACGGUGAUCCAGUGUCAUCUUCUGAUGAUUAUGGGCAAUCUUAUAACAGAAGCUCGACAGAUACAGAACAUUUCUCUCCAGCUCCAUUUCAGAUCUCAAAUGAGACAUCAGAUCGCCAGAAAUUGUCAGCUAGUAACCCUUUCGAGAGCAAGAAGGACGGGAAGAAAAUUAUCAUACAAGACUCUAGAAAUACUUACAAGAGUAGUAGGGAAACCUUUGAGCUUGGAGGACCUUCCAAGGUGUUUGAGCCAGUGAAUGUCUCAGAAAUAGAAGAAGUAUCAGAAGGCGGUUCUCCCCUUCAUCGGCUUAUGGGGUAUCCAUCCCCAGGCCGUCUUGUAUAUCGAUAUUCAGCUGAUGUCUGAUAUGAGGACAUAUGCUCCAGCCAUCAGGAUGUUUAGGGACAUGGGCAAAGGUGAAAUGAGUUGUGACAGUCUGCUUGCUAGAUCUUGAUUUGCUGUACAGUUUAAAUAGGAGUCAGGCUUAUUAAAGUGGAGGUACAGAUAUAUUAUGUGCUCUAUGUAAAUAGAUGUUCCGUAAUCCAUAGAGUUAAAGUUCUAUAUCUUCAUUCGUGUCAGCAUAUUUCAUUACAUGAAUUUUGAAAUUUAUAGUUUAUUGUGUAACAUAUAUUCGCUUUGAAGCAUUGUUUGUAUCAAUGUUACCAUUUUUGGUAGCAAUUGUUAUGUCAUAUUGAGGUUUUUGUUAUA